AUGUCUCUGCGAGAAUCCCAUGAGACACUUUUGCCAUUGCAAGAUAUUCAAGAAGGUCCAAAGCCUCCCUCUUAUCCAGGCGAUAACCAUAUGCCUCUUGAUGUGCUGAUCUUGAUAUGGAAUACUGGCAACUAUAACAAGGAGAUUCCUCUAUAUCCGGUGCGCUUUUCUCUCAACAAGAAUUUAACCGUGGCAGAAGCUGGCCGGUUGGCUUUUCAGAAAUACCUCGGGAAUGUUCCGGAAGAAAUGCAUAUGUUCAUUGGAAAAAGUUCUUAUACUUCUUAUAGUUCUUAUAUUGCCGGUUUGUCGGCGAUUGGUGAUGAAAACGAGGAGAUCAAAAACCUAUUUCAAGAACGUGAAGUGUUAAUUGUUUCAGAUGUUCCAAACUAUCAUCAAAGGAAACUCGAUCGCGGCCUUUAUGUCAUGUGUGGCGUAUUGUUUGGUUCAUUAGGGAUUUUGCUCAUAUUUCUCAUGAUUGUAUCUUCUUUAUGA